AUGAAGGGUUCAACUAAAAAUAGCAAUAAUAAUAAUUCGGUUUCACAUAAAGGGAAAAAAAAUUCUCUUCAAUAUAAAGGAAGUCAAAAAAGCAAGAGCAACAACAAGGACAGCAUUAAUAAUAAAAUCACCAGCAUUGGGAAUAAUAAUGAUAAUCUCGUUAUUACAACGACAACAACAAUUUUUAAUAAAAACUUAUUGAAAAUUCCAUCAACUAAAUUACCAACUCCUUCGAUAACACCAAAAUCUCCUUGUUUUGUUCAUUCUUAUUUAAAUGAUUCGUUACUUUCCACACCUUUAUCUGAAAUUAUUACUAGGUGUGAUAAUAACGAACCAACUGAUUAUUCUGAAUUGGCUGAAACUGCUGUUGGCGUAAGAGAAAUCGCUAAAAGAUUAGCACGUAUUCAAAGUCCAAUGAAGACAGUAAUGAUUGUAACAAAACCAGGUGAUGAUAAACUAAUUGGCUUGACACGUGAAUUAGCAAUGCAUUUAAUUUCUACUCCAAGAUUUGGUAAAGACCAUGGUGUCACAGUAUAUGUUGAUAAAUCUUUAAAAGAUAUGAAAAAAUUUGAUUUCGAGGAAAUGCUAAAAACUUCUCAUUUGGCCAAAGAUUAUUUGAAAUUUUGGACAAAUGAAUUAUGUGCUACUAGGCCUGAAAUUUUUAACUUUGUAUUGACGUUAGGUGGUGAUGGCACAGUGUUGUAUACAUCUUGGUUAUUCCAAAAAGUUGUUCCUCCCGUUUUACCAUUUCAUUUGGGAUCUUUAGGAUUCUUAACAAAUUUCGAUUUUCAAGAUUAUAAAAACCAUUUAACAAAUGUUAUGGAAAAAGGAAUACGUGUAAACUUACGUAUGAGAUUCACUUGUACAAAAAGUAUUCAUGAACAUUCUUUAACAUUUCAACCAUCUGAAACCUUUGAAAUUUUAAACGAUUUGGUUGUAGAUCGUGGUGCUGGUCCUUAUAUGAGUUUAUUAGAAUUAUUUGGUGAUGAUGAACAUUUGACAACUGUACAAGCUGAUGGCUUGGUUAUUUCAACACCUACAGGGUCUACUGCUUAUUCCGUUUCAGCUGGUGGAUCCUUGGUGCAUCCUGAAAUUUCUGCUUUAUUAAUGACACCUAUUUGUCCACAUACAUUAUCUUUUCGACCAAUGUUAUUGCCCGAUUCAAUGGAAUUAAAGAUAUACGUUCCGUUCAAUAGUCGUAAUACUUCUUGGGCUAGUUUUGAUGGUAGAAAUAGAGUUGAGUUAAAGCAAGGAGAUUACAUAAAAGUUACACCAUCAAAAUUUCCAUUCCCUACCGUAUGUUUAAAAUCUCAAUCACAAGAUUGGUUUACCUCAAUAUCAAGAUGUUUAAAAUGGAAUGAACGUGAACUUCAAAAGGGCUUUGUUGUAGUUGAAGAAGAAGAAACAUCAUCAGAUGAAGAUGAGAUGAAGAAUGAACAGGUUUCGCCUGGAAAAAGCAUGCGCAGGCAAAAGUUUCUGAGCAUAGAGGAGAAACAAGUAGUGGUGGUUGAUGACAAUGAAUCUCACAAAAAAGUUUGCACAGAGCUGAGUCCACUGAACAGGCCCAUCACAAGAACAAAAGCCUUACAAACGGCGAUGGAUCAAGUUAACAGAAAGGGGAAAGGACCCGAGUUGCCGUGUUCCAACGACGAAGAGGAAGACCUUGAUCUUGAUCACUGA